AAUGCGGGAAAUCUGAAAAAUGGCGUUUAUGGGCUUCCUUACCUUUGUAAAAGCAAGUAACACAAUUUUAUUGAUAACAGGAACAUUAUCGUUGCCUUUGUAUUUUUCAUACUUUGGUACUGAAGCAGCAGUGAGAUUUUCUUUGCUUUUGUGUGUACAUUCUGCCAUACUCGCCGCAAUACCGGAUGUUGUAAAAGCUGCAAUACCUAUGCUACAGUUGCUGUCAUUUGCUGUUCUCCUUUUCCUCCCUUUCAACACAGCCCCAACCAUUGUGGUCUGGUGCUAUCUGAAGCUUCUUCAGUGUUCAGAAUUUGCACUUUUGUUUGUUGAGGCAAUACAAGUUGUUUUAGUGGUGAUGUACAUCAGUCAAUCUUUUGUGAAUGAGAUUGAAGACCAACCAGUUAUAGUUAAGACUUCUAUUUUAGCAAUCUCAGGAGUUGCAUACAUUUUGUCAAUAUAUCUCAGCUAUCAUUUGUUCACAGAUAUUCACUCAACACACACAGAAACUUGGUGUGCAGGAGUUGCAGUCAUUUUAACAAUUUUGGUGUUAUUUAUUUGCUUGUAUAAGGAAGAAGGUAUCAUAUCUGAUGCAGCUGUUGUUAGCCUUGUGAUGAUUUUUAUAGUUUGGGCUAUGAAACAGGAAAGAUUGAUGCAAGAAAAUUCCUUAGAUGUGCCGUCACAGUGGCUACAACAAGUCGCCGAUAACCGUUCAUUCCUCAAGGUGUUCUUAUCGAUGGCGAAAGUAAGCAUAGCGCAUGCGACGCGUGUUAAAAGAAUAUUUUCGGUGUUCAUCUCACCCACGUGUCUUCUGCUUGCUUUGAUGAGGAUUGCAAGUGUUGUUCAGUUCGUGACUUUGACUCCGACUUUCUUUUACCAGAAAGAGGAUGAUGAAUACAGUACAUUACAGGAAGUGGAUCUCCAGCCCCACAGAAAAGGUCUCAGACCUCUUUACCUUCGCCUGAUCAUUAUUUUUGUGUACACACAAGUUGUCGUUCGCACCAUCGCCUCUACAACAACAAACCGUCAGUACCUUAGCCAAGUUACUUCUUUUACUGACAUGUUACCUGGCAACAGAGUGUGGCGGAUCAUGCAACUGCUAUUAGUCACAACAACCUACAUUUAUCAGAUGUUCAAGGAUGAAUACCAAUGAAAAAAACUCAAGGGAAGGUUACUUCACUUUAAGACACCAAACAUUUAAGAUGUAUAUCUUCUUAAUGAGAACGAAAAGAUAGGUAUUAAAUGACAAGGGAAAGUAAAUGACGGCGCACAAAUCCGUGGGGCCCUGGAUUGACGCAAGGCAUCAUGUGAUAACUGGUAACGUGGCGUAAUGAAGUCAUUCAGUGCGUUGGUAUUGAUUAUAGGUGAUAACCAUCAUGAGCACGAUCCUAACAAGGAUGUAGUUUGACUUUACUUUUUAAGGCGGACCCACCAACAAUAUUAGAACGCAACAUCGCACUGUUAUGUUGCAGUUUUGCCCCAAUAAGAAAGGGACAUUUAAACCGUGUUACAGGAAAGAAUUUGAUGUGGAAAUGAGAAUAGAUAUGUUGCAAUAUGUUUCUGUUGAUGGUUUAGUCUUUACAUCUAGAUUAAAUACUGAGGAAAAGAAGUAUGUGUUGAUAGAAUUCCGAAACAAGCGACGUUUACGGGUUCGGUGAUUGAACAGGAAGUGAAACCCAUGUGUGGACUAUAGAUAGUGUUUUUGUGUCAGGGUAAUACGGUUCAGGUUGGAUAAAUACCUAGAUCAGCUCACUCCGUAUUUGCGAUUGACUUAGGUGCCACAAGCAGGAGCAGAAGAGAUGUAGUUGCGGGUAUAAGCCGCUAUCUUGGUAUCAUUUAUUCCUUACAGGUCAUGUUCCAUGUAAACCAACUUGACAAAAUGAAACUGGCACAGAAUCAUUUUAAAGUUUCUAAAACUGGUUACAAUAAGAAGGAUUAACAUAUCAAGUCAAGUGAAAUCGAUCAGGCUCCUAAACCGCAAUCGGUUGGUUAAGUUGUAAACUUGAACCAAUCGUGAAUUUGGGUAUUAUGGACAUUGCUAUGGAACACUGAAGAAAAUGUCACCACAUUGGCGGGAUCCAACGCUCUCGCAUAAAAAAUCGAGGCUAGUGGCCAGCUAGUCCAAGAUGGCGCCCAAACCUGUAAAUUUUUCAGUAUCCAGAAAAAGCGAUAUGAAAAGUUUGUGUUCUCCUGACGUCGAACGCAAACAAAAUAAACGAAAAGAAAAAGCUCAAACUGCACAGGCGUUCAUACGAUCUCCUAUGUAUCACACUACAGAUACGUAA